CCAUUGUUUCAUUCCCGCCGUGCCUCGCUGCUUCGACGCGCGGCGACAGCGCCAAAGGUGUGACGUCGGAAGUGGGAGAGCUCCCCUCUCAAUAGCCCACUAUCGCCAACCGCCUUCUCGGCCCGCAGCCGGUGGCCCACGAAGCGCUCACGCCAUCAACAUCUACGCACGCUCCCCGCUGACAUCUCCGGCUCUGCGCUGUUCCUCGGCCCCAAUCAGGCUGCUACAUGUCUCGAUCACCUAUCCUGCCCUCCUCCGCCUCCAGAACGUUGCUACAGCGGCUGUCGCUCAGCAAAGAUGGCUCCAAAGAUUAACGGCACUGGCGUCAUGCCCGAGGACACGCGCAUCUGCGUUGUCAUGGUCGGCCUUCCGGCUCGGGGCAAGAGUUACAUAGCCCAAAGAGCGCAACGCUAUCUCAAGUGGCUGUCAAUCCCGGCGAAGACCUUCAACGUGGGCAACUACCGCCGGAAAGAUGCGCCACAUCCAUCAGCCGACUUCUUCGACACCAACAACGCCGAAGGCGAGAGACAGCGCCGCGCAGCUGCCAACGCCGCCGUGACAGACAUGAUCCAGUGGUUCAAAACCGGCGGUGUUGUCGGAAUCCUUGACGCUACAAACAGCACCAAAGAACGGCGGAAAUGGGUACUCGAGCGACUCUCUAAAGAGGGGAUCGAGGUCCUCUUUGUCGAGUCCAAGUGCGACGACGAGGAACUGAUAAUGGCCAACAUCCGCGAUGUCAAAACCACUUCCCCGGAUUACCAGGGUCAGGACCCUGAGCAGGCUGCCCUUGACUUCCGCGAACGCAUCCGCCAUUACGAGAAGGUCUACAAGUCGAUCAACGACGAUAAUGAUGAAGACCACUUGACGUACCUCAAGAUAAUGAAUGUGGGCAAGAAGGUCUUCAUCAACCGCAUUCAGGACUACCUACAGAGCCGCGUCGUCUACUUCCUCAUGAACCUGCAUAUCCGGCCCCGCUCGGUUUGGCUGUCUCGCCAUGGCGAGUCUGAAUACAAUUUGGAAGGGCGGAUUGGCGGUGAUUCAUUGCUCUCUCACCGCGGCGAAGAGUACGCCCGCAAAUUGCCCGAAUUGGUUCGCCAGUCUGUUGGUAGCGACCGACCAUUAACGGUCUGGACGUCGACGCUGAAACGGACCAUCGCCACAGCCCGGCACUUGCCAAAACACUACAACCAACUGCAGUGGAAGGCGCUGGAUGAGCUAGACGCUGGUGUCUGCGACGGGUUGACGUACCAGGAGAUUGCAGACCAGUAUCCGGAGGACUUUCAGGCGCGCGACGAAGAUAAAUACAACUACCGAUAUCGCGGCGGCGAGAGCUACCGCGACGUCGUCAUUCGCCUCGAACCCAUCAUCAUGGAACUCGAGCGCAGCGAAAACAUCCUCAUCAUCUCGCACCAGGCCGUCAUCCGCUGCAUCUACGCCUACUUCAUGCAAAAGCCUCAAGAGGAAAGCCCGUGGGUGCCUGUACCGCUGCACACCCUAAUCAAGCUCACGCCCCGCGCCUACGACACCCUGGUGGAGAAGUACGAUGCGAAAAUCAAGGCCGUGAGCACCUGGCGCGGCAAGGGGAGCACCGCCAAACACGAAGAUCCAACCCCAGAAGGCGGCAUUUGACAUCUGCCUCACGGGGUGAACACGGGAGGCGUGCCAACGUGAUUUGCCGUAUUGUCUGUUCUCUUCUCUCAGCAUAUCUAGACACGAUGUUUCGUUUCCUAUUUUUGGCGACAGGCUGUGCCUUGCAUUUCUGGGAUAACAUCAUAUGAGAAGUCCGUGGUUGAAACUGGGCGGAAACCUCUGGGCCGGCGUUUUGCGGUUGGGUGUCAGCGUUGGCUUUUGCUCACGGACUGAGCUUUUGAGUCCGACAAGGAAAUGAUACGCUACUGGUACCAUCUGGGAGCGGUUACUUGGCUGGUUUAGACGGCAAAGGAAAACAAAAAACGGGCCAACUGGACGCAUGGAAUGGACCUAAAUCGACGGCUCGCACGGAAGCACGUAUGGACGCUGCGUGCUCUGCCACCGGGCAGUGGCAUUAUCUACAUGCCCAAUUGGGCCAACAUUUGGCAUUAUAAAGACUAAGCAUUGCCGCUUUUAUCUCUUGACCAAGUUUCCGAUGAUUCUGUCACAUACCAUCCACGUGUCGAGGAAACAGCCUUUGGUCAAUGGG